AUGUCCGAUCUCGAUGCUUCGCCUCGCAAGAGCAUGUCAGGCCGCCGAACCAGCUUCAGCUCAAUUCGAUCACGUCUCCGCAAACCAAGCCUCCAGAGCGGCAAGAAGAAGUCUAUGGUGCAAGACGAAGAAUUCGAUUCGUAUGAUGUACAAGAUAGUGAACAGCGCACGAAGCGCUUCUCGCUUGCAUCGGACCACUCAAUUCCACCGGUUCCGGCCCUUCCUCCUCGCCCCGUCAACGUCAAUACAAGUGACCCCGACCUAGCGUACCUCCAAACAAGUGCAUCACGGACUGAGGUAGACGCCGCCGCACCUUUACCCGAACCACCAGCUAACAAGCGAGACUCUGUCUUCAGCACUAAAUCAUCGAAGCCCGAACAAUCUGUUGAAGGAGACAUUUCAGCCCUCGUCAAAACCUCGCUCGGCAUGACACUGGGUGCUCACGAGUCUGAAGCGGCUCGACCGGACCGCGGCACCAGCCGCUACGAUGCACAGGGAGCCUUCAAGGAAACCAUACCAAUGACCAUGCUGUUCUUUGGUGGCACCGUCAUUGCUGCCCUCUUUCUGGCCAGAUUCAGUAUAAUAGCGGCUGUCUUGGUCUCAGGCUGCAGUGGUCACAUUCUCUUCAAGAAGCUUACCGAGAGGGGCGAUGAUGCAAAAUGGGCGCUCGAGAUGGAAGCGGCAGCAAAGCGCAGUGCCAUGCCCGGUGCGGGUGAGGAAUCGGUCGAAUGGCUCAACAAGGCGCUCGCAACCGCCUGGCCGCUCAUCAAUGCCGACUACUUUGCUCCCUUCAUCGAUCUUCUCGAGGACAGCCUUAUGACUCAGGUGCCUGGCGUUGUCCAUAAUGUGAGGGUCGAGGACAUGGACCAGGGCUCCAUUCCACUGCGCGUCAAGAGCUUUCGCGUGCUUCCCUCGGACGAUGCCGCGUUUCUCAAAGGUGCCGUUGCACAGGCUCACAAAGAUGCCGGCGAGUCGACAGCCGAAGCGUCAUCUGCCAAUCAAGUGGACAGUGAAGAUGAUGAUGCUGACAUCGAUGUUGGCGACUUUGUAAACCUUGAGGUCACUUUUACCUACCGAGGAGCGCCCGCCAAGAAGGGCUUGUUCCACUCAGCAACCAACUCCAGUCCUGGCCCCCUCAAUGUAUCCGGCCCUGUCGCGGCAGAUGAUUCUAAGGACAGACAAGCCGACGAUGAAGACGACUUUGACCAGCUUAAAGACGUGCCAACGGAGAGAAUACAUUUGCUACUUUACCUCAGUGUAGGUCUUCAAAAGAUUGCUGCUGUGGACAUCCCUGUGUGGAUCGAGAUGGUGGGCAUCGAAGGUAAAGCACGUGUCCGUCUUCAAAUGACACCUGUAGCGCCAUUUGUCAAGCACGCUGCCGUUACAUUUGUCGGCGCGCCUAAGCUCGAGAUAUCAGCCAAACCUUUGGGCAAGAAAAUGGUCAUCGAUGCCAUGAAUUUGCCUCUCAUGUCCUCUUACGUGCUUCAUGCGGUCGAGGAUGUUAUCAAGGGCUUCAUUGCUCCGCUCUCGUAUACCAUCGACGUGGCUGGUCUGCUCGGUUCAGGCGAUGGCCCCCAGGAUGUCUAUUCGCUCGGUGUCAUCUGCUUUGUGCUCCACCAGGCAGACGAUCUUGCUGCCGCGGAUUCCAAUGGUCAGAGCGAUCCCUUUGUGCAAGCAUCGUUUGCCCGCGCAGGAAAGCCGCUCUUCACGUCGCGCAUCGUCCGAAAAAGACGCGAUGCCGUGUGGCAAGAGACCGGAUUUCUACUCGUGUCCCCCGACGAAGUCCGCGAUCAUGAUCGUCUGCGAUUUACAGUGUUUGAUGCCGACCGCUUCUCGGCAGAUGACCCGCUUGGUAAGGUAGAGAUUUCGCUACAUCGGCUCAUCCGAAAGUUCCGCCCAGAUGGUGAGGCACGCAGCACCAACCUGCUCGAGAUGCGAACCGACAAACUGCUGCCUAUGAGGAAGGGGACAUCGGUGCAAGGCACGCUCAAGUACAGCGUAGGCUUCUUUGGCCUUGCCCAUACCCCUGGAACUGGGCAUGCCCCUUCCCGACGCAAGCUGCUCAGCGGUAUCACCAGCACGGCAGGAGACGACAGCGCAUCCAUCGAUCUUGUCUCUCCAGUUGAUGGCAAGCACAAGGUAGAUGAUAGUAAGGACUUGCCAGCGCUUCCAGAGAAGGUUGAUGCCAUAUCGGAAUCCGGCGUGAACCAGGAUUUGAGUGCCUACAUGACGGGCUUUGACAAGUUCGUUCACGGUCUUGGCCUGCCGAUGGACGACGAGGUGUUACGGAAGAGAAAGAUCCGCAAAGAGCGCGUCCAGAAGCUUGCUACAAUGAUCGAAGGUGCCAAGCAGGCGACGAUGCAUCCUCCGACAGCAGAGCUGCCCUCCGGCAUCCUGGCGUUUCACAUCCACUCGAUCUCUGGACUCGAAGUACCCGCGACGCAAAAGUCGCUCGGAAGCACGUCGAAGAGGUUGUCACAAAAGUCACGCAAUGGUCCUGCGCCAACUGAAGAGAGUCACGCGGAAGGUGGUGCUGGUGGUAAGCUUCCUUCGUCCUAUGUACAAGUGUUCCUCAACGACGAGGCCAUUUUUCGCACGAGAACCAAGACACUCAAUCCGCGACCCUAUAUCAAUGCGGGUAGUGAACGCUUUGUUGGCGACUGGACGACGGCUAGGCUCGACUUUACGGUGCGCGAUGCUCGAAUGCGCGAGAGCGACGCGAUUCUGGGCUGCGUUGGGCUUCGACUGGCCGACGUGCUGACGGAGAGCAGCCGCAGCACCGGGUGGCACACUCUUACCGGCGGUCUUGGUUUUGGCAAGAUCCGGAUCACACUCUUGUUUCGCAGCGUCGAGCUUUCGGUGCCGCGACCCUUGCGCGGCUGGAACGUGGGUAUCGUUGAGGUUGCCAGCAUCAAGGUCACGGGUGUUCCUCAGUCGUUGCUUGACAAGAAGGCGUGCCACAUUCUGUUCGAGACUGUUGGUGGCAAGACAACCACAGACGAUGCAGAGCCCGUCGAAGACUACGAGCCUGGCACGGGCAAUGAGGCCACCGUCAGCUACGAGUUCCCACUGAAGGAUCCGGUUCGCUUGCCUGUUCGUCAGCGAUACCCCAGCUGUCUAUAUGUGAGCCUACGCACGGACUCGCGCUUACCUGGACGCACACAUCAUCAUGCGUUUGGAUUCGUGCCGCUCAAUCGAUUGCCAGAUGAGAUGCGUGUACAGCGCCGGCUGCGUUUGUUCGAGGCAACAGACUGGGGCAAGGUGGAGCAGGACGUGCUGAGCGCGACGAGCGAUCCCGCGUUGCUCCAAACGCACGACGGACCUGUGCGUUCCAAGUUACUGCCGGUAUUGGAAGAUUUGUGCCGUACUGGUGCAGUCACAAUUUCGGAAGAGGCGUUGCAUGCUGCCAAGCUGAGCACGAUCGGCUGGAUCGAGAUCGACAUGAUCUUCCACCGAGGCAUUGCGCCAGAGCAUCGCUCUUGCACAGCAGGUGAUAACGAGAUGCGAUUUGCAUUCGACAUGUACAUGACAUUGCAAGACGCCGGUGAGCGAGUGCGGCCUCGGACGCUCGCAACCAAUCGACUGAGAGGUACUUACCUGGCCGAUAGCCGCAACACAGACGGAACGGAGAUGCGACUCAGCCUGCCAAAUACCUCAGCACAGGGCCCAGUCAGCGAGGAGCCUGGACGGCUAGGAGAAGAUGCAGCAAGCGGAGAUCGGGAUGACGAUUCGCUCUACGCGCUCUCUCUGACAGAAACAGAGCUGGAUGAGAUGGCGCAAGAGGAGGGCGAUUCGGACAGUCCCGAAGGACGACGAGCUCGAGCUCGUGCACUGCACCGCAAUCAACGUGGCGCUGCACAGAUCAAAGGUUUCCGAACGCUCACAUGGAUGAAGACGAAUGCUGAAGACUCGGUGGCAAAGGUGAAGCGGCAGUUUGGCAACAAGCAGUCCAAGCGUAUUGGCAAGAUGGAAGCUGAAGGUAUCUCACAUUUCUGA